AACAGAUUCUAAAGCUAGCUCUCGCGCGGGGUGGUCGCCUGCCGAGCUCGUGAACCGGUAUUACGAUCUCGAUUUCUCAAAAAGUUGAACACAUAAACUAUAUUUUUUGCUUUUAUUGUGUUUAUAACUUGUUAAUAAGUGUAGUGUUAUAAAUAUUAACUUUUCGAGUGUUAACGGAAAAUUAAAAAAGUUCUCAAAGGACACAUUUUUGUAUAAAGGCAAGAUGUGAAGAAACUGUGUCAUGGAGGACGUCGACUGUGCGAACUGCAGCUUGCACGCUGACCUGAACGACACCCUCCUUUACUUCAACUACACAAGGAAUGCUACCGUCAUUGACAAGUUUUACUUCUACCAGUCUGCACAAUUAGCGAUUCUUUGGGUCCUGUUGGUGACUAUUGUCGCCGGCAACGCAACCGUUGUCUUGGCCUUACUUCUCACCAAGUCUCGGAAAAGCAGGAUGAACUUCUUUAUAAUGCAACUUGCUAUAGCCGAUUUGUUGGUGGGAUUGAUAAGCGUCCUCCCGGAUCUGAUACAAAGGAUUACCAUCACGUGGCUCGCAGGAUCUAUCACUUGUAAAAUGAUGAAGUACCUACAGGGUGUAGUGACGUAUUCCUCCACGUAUGUAUUGGUAGCUCUAAGCGUAGAUCGAUGCGACGCCAUCACGCAUCCGAUGAACUUCACAGGAAGCUGGCGCCGAGCUCGGGCGCUCAUUCUAGGAGCUUGGCUUGUCAGCUUUCUGUUUUGCGUCCCGAUGCUGUUCCUCUUCAAUGAAGCCAAUGUAGAAGGUAUACUCCAAUGCUGGUCCGGAAUAAGUAAACUUCAGUGGCGUAUCUGGAUGACCAGCGUGUUUGUGUCUCUAUUCGUUGCUCCAGCUCUUACAAUAUCUGCGUGCUAUGGUGUCAUCGUGAUCACAAUUCGACAGAAGAGUCAGCGAGUCCUGGGUAGAAGAGCGACGGCUACGAGACAAUACAGUGAUGAUUUGGAUAGUCGAAGAGCAAGCAGUCGCGGCAUUAUACCAAAAGCGAAAAUAAAAACAGUGAAAAUGACAUUCGUCAUUGUAUUCGUGUUCGUACUCUGCUGGUCGCCGUACAUGAUCUUCGAUUUGCUUCAAGUGUACGGCUAUGUGCCAGAUACCCAAGUGAACGUGGCGAUAGCUUCGCUGAUACAAAGCCUCGCGCCUCUCAACUCGGCUGCCAAUCCAGUCAUCUACUUUAUAUUCUCCAAUCGGAUAUUCGUCAGUCUCAGGAACAUCCCCCCAUACAAGUGGCUCUGGUGCACGGUGAAGUCGAGCGACAGUCCGGCGGGUAAUGAGUCGCGUGCGCACACCGAGCUCCUCACCUCGUCACACCGGAGGACUCGACGCGACCUCACUAUCAGGGUAAAAGAUGACAGCGUAAAAUUCCCAAAACCAAGGAUACAUCAGUGCAACAGCACGAACUCGCGGAAAGUGAGACUCCAUUUACCCGAAGGUCAGCAGAACAAUAAUAACUGCCAUCAAAACAGGCGAGAUGAUACAUUCUUGUAGUAUAUAAAUAAGUAUAAGUAUAUGUUUACUAUGUGUAUACUUUAAUGUUUUAAGGGUUAUAUGUUAGUGGGUGUGUAGUGAUAUUGUAACAAAAUGUUUUACUUACGUGUUUUAUAAUCGCUGGCAACGUCUUUAGUUAUAAAAAUAUUGUAUUACUGGAAGUUAUCGCUGUUAGCAUAUAUUUUUCCACGGCUAUUGAUAGCAUUUAAUAAGAAAAUAAAAGCAAUCAAUCACAAAAAUAUAUUUUAAACGAUGUUCUUUGUCAGUAUAUAAGUAUUUUAUUAUCCUAAGUCUUAAUAAAUACUUGAGUUAUCUAUAAAUUCUAUUAUUCCGCCACAAAGCCACAUCAAAUAAAUAUUUAACAAACUGCUUUUGAAUAUUUCCGUUUACGUUCACCAACUAAUAGAAAUAAAAGAAUUAAAACUAAUAUCAAAGUAUACACAAUCCAUUCCUUGAGAAAUUGUAAUGUAUUUAUUCAUUAUAAAAUUUAAUUAAGUAUUAUGUAUCCUAUUCUAUUGUUAUUUGUGUGUUAUAAAUGUUUAACAUUUAUAACACACAAAUAACAAUAGAAUCUUCUGUCUUACUAAUAAACGUCGUACACGUGUGUAAUUGUUAAUCAGUGUUUUGUCUUGCUUUGUUGAAUAGCAUUUACUCUCAGAGGAAACGAGACAAAACUUUGUAUAAUAAUGGCACACAUAUAGAACAUUUAUUAGCAAAGCACCUGACGUUUUAAUUUUCUGUGUUCAGAAAAAAGGUAUAUAAUUUAAUUUUUAAUGAAAUGAAAGUUUUGUUUUCAAUGUGCAGUUAGAUUCACCAUAUAUGCGCGUCAUACUUAAAGAUUUUAUCUCAGAUAUUUUGAUUAGCGAAGAGAAUUCUUUGUUUUCUACAAUAAAAACAUAAGUGUAAAAUACUCUUUAAAUUAUCCUAAAAUAAUAAUUAAUUGGUGACCUUCAUUUCCCCGACUUUUAUAAAAGAAUAUAAUACCCAAUUACUUCUUUACCAAUAUAUAUGUAUUACUGUUUGAAAAACGUAUUUAAUAUAAUGUAAGUAGCAAACAGAAUACAGGGACUAUUAAUUAAAAACCUACAUUUUCAGUCUACAAUUUUGUAUGACUCGGAUCUCUUGUACCAAAUACAUGUAAAUACGUAAUUAAGUAUUGUAAACGUAAUUAAUGAGGACAUUUUUAGGUUAAUAUAGAUAAUUGGUGCCAAAUUAUUGGAGUUAAACUCUAGUCAUGUAGGUUAAAUCGUUUAUGUGAAUGUUAAGGGUGUGACAAAAAUUACAGGUACGUACUAGAAUAAGCUUUCUAGGCCCUAUUACACCAAAAUUAAAUGUUAAUUCCAAGAUAUCAGCAAUAACACACCAAACUUUAUUAUACUGCGAUUAUAUGUCAUUGCAAAUAGUUUUCAACUUCGAGAAUGAACAUUGUUUUUAUUGCGAGACGUAUGGGAGAUGAUCUAAUGCCACACCGCACCAUUACCAUUCUCAUAAUCACUUGUAUACUAUUUUGUACGGACGUAGCCAACAUUUUAGUUCAAGUUCAUGUAUCGUAUAACUAUCUGAUUUAUUCGUUUGUAAAUGUAUGUGCAUAGUUUUUAUAAACAAUUUUUAUAUUAUAAUAUAUACACACCAUAUAUCUUGAUCAGGGUGUGAUUAACCUGUUUUCUUUAUUACCAAUUUAUCAUAAGCAACUGUUCCUUUUCUUUUAUUUGUAAUAUGUGGUCAUAUACCCCUAAACUACACUUGACUACGCCCCUGGCAUUCAGUUUGUAUUCUAAGAGAAAACAAGCGUGAUAGAGCUAUUGUCAUAUAUCAAUAUAUAUUUUGUGUAUUGUCAUAUUUUUUAGGAGAAAUAAAAUAUUUCAUGAGAUACGUGAUAAGCUAAUGCUUUGAUAGGUUUCGUUUUGUUUUAUAAUUUUUUACCAAAAUUUGUUUAUCGGACAUAUUUUUUUAUUAAUAUAGUAUGUAAUAAUUUAAAUAUGAAAAUGAUUUUGAAUCGCAUAGAGCGGAUCUUUACCCGCUACAUUACAUCAAUAAAUAUUGUUUUAGUUUCCUUUAAGAUUUCAUGAUAUACAUUUCUAAAAUGCAUUUUAAUUCAAUAACAUAACUAAGUAGUAUUCGUUGUUACUUUUUUUCUAAAGUGUGUAAUUACCUGUAGUUAUAAGUACUUGUAAAUAAAAUAAACAAAUAUUUUUCAUGAUUUAAAACACCAAAAAUGUAACUGUUUACACACCAUGAAAUCACGAAGUCUAGAAAUAAAUGUUUUAAACGUCA